UUCCAAUAGGAACGAUCAGUAUGAAGAACUUCUAGCCAAUCACGAAGCUCCUUUCAUUUCUGAGCAGCCCAGCAGUUGUGUAGUGUGUGCGGAGUGUAUGGAGUGAGUGCGCUGUGCAUGUCUGUGUAUAUCGGAGUGUAAUCAUCGGCUGUGUAUAGACAAGCGGGGGGGAGCAGUGUGCCUGCCGGGCACAGCCAGCCCAUGGCUUUCUGGAAGAGACCCGAUUCCCUGCAGUAUUCCAGUAAGGAGAGGUUUUCUCUGUUGCUGUUGGAUUUGGAAGAAUAUUUUUUUGAGCAACACAUAGCCCACCAGAUCUCUAGAGAAUUGAAUUCAUCAGAAAGAAAAACAAGUGGAUCCCUCAAAAUUUGUUCCAAGUCUCUUAUUUUUGAACCUGAUCAAAUUAAUCUACCAAUAAUUAAGAUUUCGCUGCGGGAUUGCACAAAGAUUGAAGUAGAAGAUGAAGAGAAUCUUUUCAGCAAGAAUACAAAGAAACAAUUUAGUGUUCUGUUCAGUCAGGUGUACUUUAUCAAGGAGCAAAACAUAGUAGCGCCUUACAGGGUUCAGCGCGGUGGAAAUCAAUUUUUUUUCCAGUUAGAAGAUGCAAGAAAGGUUGAUGAUGUUGUACAAACUGUUCUGCAGCUACAAAGAGCUUCUCGCCUGGAGAAACUCGGGGACCAGACAGCCAUGAUAACUGCCAUUUUACAAUCACGUUUAGCAAGAUCGUCAUUUGAUAAAAAUAGCUUUCAAAAUGUAUCUGAAACCUCCCACAUGGAAUGCCUAGCGGAAAUGGUAACGCCGUUGGUCACCAAUCCAGGACAUGUGUGUAUAACAGACAAAUACCUCUACUUUCAGCCGUUAAAUGGCUAUCCAAAACCUGUUAUGAGCAUUAGUUUGGCUGAUAUACGGAGAAUAUACAAAAGGAGACACAUGCUUAUGCCGAUGGGACUGGAAGUAUUUUGCACUGAAAACGACUUGUGUUCCGACAUAUACCUUAAAUUUUACAAUCCAAAAGAUCGUGAUGGACUGUACUACUAUAUUGCAGCUUAUAUAGAAAAUCACAUGACUGAGCAUACAGCAGACAGCUACAUGCUCCAGUGGCAGAUGGGACAUAUCUCCAAUUACCAGUAUCUGUUACAUCUCAAUUACCUGGCAGACCGAAGCUGCAAUGAUCUCUCCCAGUAUCCUGUGUUUCCUUGGAUCAUUGCAGACUAUACAAGUUCUGAGCUAGAUUUAUCCAUUCCUCAAACCUUCCGGGAUCUGAGUAAACCAGUUGGAGCUUUAAAUAAAGGCAGACUUGAAAGGCUGUUGAAGCGUUAUCAUGAAAUGCCCGAUCCAAAGUUUAUAUAUGGAAGCCACUAUUCCUCGCCAGGAUAUGUUCUGUUCUACCUAGUGCGAGUUGCCCCAGAGUACAUGCUUUGUAUCCAGAAUGGAAAGUACGACCACGCGGACAGGAUGUUCAACAGUAUUGCAGAGACAUGGAGAAAUUGUUUAGAUGGUGUGACAGACUUCAAAGAGUUAGUUCCAGAGUUUUUUGGAAAUGACGGGCGUUUCCUGUUGAACAGUUUGAACCUGGAGCUGGGGAAGAGACAAGGAGGAAAGCUGGUGGAUGACGUAGAGCUUCCCCCAUGGGCCUCGGAUCCAGAAGAUUUUCUGCAGAAAAACACAGAAGCUCUGGAAAGCCAGUAUGUCUCCGAUCAUCUCCAUGAAUGGAUCGAUUUGAUAUUUGGCUGUAAGCAGAGAGGAAGUGAAGCGGUUGCUGCCAGUAAUGUGUUUCACCCUGUAACAUAUGAAGGAGAAAUUGACUUGCACAGUAUUGAAGAUCCUGAUCAGAAAGUCGCUAUUUUGACACAAAUCCUGGAAUUUGGUCAGACACCCAAGCAACUAUUCACGAAACCUCAUCCAAAGAGAAUAUUUACAAAGUCCAAAUGUUUUUCAAGGUCUUCCAGUCAAAAUAUUUCUGUGUCAGAAUCGCCUGUGUCCACUAGUGAAGAUUCUUUUGAAGAUUUAACUGAAGAAAGUAAAACUAUUGCCUGGAGUAAUAUCACUAAAUUUCAGAUUGAUAGCGGAUACAAGAUUCACAAAGAAACUAUCACAGGCAUUGCUGUAUCUUCUAAUGGAUCCUCUGUUUUCACAACAUCACAAGAUUCAACUUUAAAGAUGUUCUCCACGAGCCUGAAAUCUCUUCAAAGAAGUGUGUCAUUUUCUAAUAUGGCAUUAUCGUCUUGUAUACUGUUACCAGGUGAUACAACAGUGAUGUGCUCCUCCUGGGAUAAUAAUGUAUAUUUUUAUUCUAUAGCUUUUGGAAGGAGACAAGACACUUUAAUGGGGCAUGAUGAUGCUGUUAGCAAAAUCCACUGGUGUAACAAUAGGCUGUUCUCAGCAUCUUGGGAUUCUACAGUAAAGGUAUGGAGCUGUGUGCCUUCCAGCGUGUGUGGAACCAAAAGGAACAACUUUGAACUGCUGGCUGAAUUGGAACAUGAUGCUGGUGUAAACACAAUCAAUGCGAGCUCUGAUGGAUCAUUGCUGGUAUCAGGAACUAAAGAAGGCACUGUGAGCAUUUGGGAUAUUGCAGAUUCAUCCAUAUUACAUCAGCUGCCUUGCCACAAUGGACCCAUUUUUGAUGUUGCUCUGAGUCCUGAUGAAAGACAUGUGCUUUCAGCUGGAGAAGAUGGCUGCCUAAAAAUCACUGAUGUUCAAACUGGAAUGCUCAUCUCCUCUCUACCAUCAGGAGAAGUUCAAAGGUGUUUUCGCUGGAAUGGCCACACAGUUCUGUCUGGAAAUAACAGCGGUGAACUGCUUGUCUGGGAUCUUGUCGGAGGACGGAUUCUUGAAAGAAUAGCUGGGCAUGCAGAUGCCGUUACGUGUAUGUGGAUGAAUGAGCCGUGCAACACAAUCAUCACAGGAUCUGCAGACAGACAGCUUUUAUUCUGGAAACUGCAAUACUGAGUUUUUAUUACCUUCUUUCGCCUGCUGAAAACUUGAAGAUUUUAAGAUUAGUUUUAUGUAUAAUGUGGUGUGAAUGUACAGUAAUCCCACUUGGAGGAGCGUGCCUUGACAAUCCCAGCGCAUUACCUUGUCCCUCUUUUCAGAUCUGUAUUGUGCGAAUGCCUUUUUGUCUCUAACCUUGCACUAUGUAUCCUACAUGAACAGUGUGGCCUGUGUCAUGGGUGGAGGAAGUCUCUUAAUAGAUCAUGUUGGUGGGUAAGGAGUGAUAACACAAGGAAAUGUCUGUUAUUUUCCUGUGUCAUAAUUCCAUUAUGGGGAGGUAAAUCAUUGUGCCUCCUGCCAGACUUACACUGCCACCGUCCAUUGCAUGCAAUAAGUGUCUUCUGUUAAUAAUGCCUUCUCAAGACGGCCAGCCACAUUUUAGUAAAUUGCAACCAGUUUUUUUCCCCGAGACCAACCAAAAGAAGACAAUCUCACAGUUUUUGAUGGUGGAAGAUUACCCUUAGCCCUCAGUCUUCUCUGAAAUUUGAAUUCUGGUCAAAAAUGGAUGAAAUUGCCUGCACAUUGUUAUAUGUAUGGCCAACGAGAGUAGAGAUUUUAGACACCUUUUUAUGAUUAUCUUAAAAAUUGUAUUUCAAAUGCAAAUGAAUUAUUGUAGCAACUUGGAUCUCAUGAGCCUCUUUACUCUUGCCUGUUUGAUGCAGCAAAACUGCAUGAAAACACAUUUUAAAGGGGCUGUAAAGGAAAAAAAUAUUUCCCUAAAUAGCUUCCUUUACCUUAGUGCAGUC